CUGACUUGAUAGUGCAAUCAUAAAUGGAUGUGUUUUUAUGCAUGAAGCCAUAUAAAGAGGUGCAGCACAAGACAGACUUUUACUUCAGCCGCAGUAUCGACUCUCUACUCUGAAACCCGAACAUGGCAAGCAAACAUUCCAGCAAUGAAGCUAUUCUACGAAAUGAUGAGGAGCUGAGGAUUGUGAUGGUGGGGAAGACUGGAAUUGGGAAGAGUGCCACAGGAAACACCAUUCUUGGGCGUAACUGCUUUGAAUCAAAGUUCAGCGCCACGUCUAUGACUGAUGAGUGCUUUAAGGGCAAUGCUGAAGUGGAUGGACAAAAGGUUGCUGUUAUUGACACCCCAGGUCUUUUUGACACCAGGUGGGCCCAGGAUAAAACACAUAAAGACAUAAUCCAGUGCAUCUCCUAUUCUUCGCCUGGACCCCAUGUCUUCCUGGUUGUCGUCAGGCUUAGCAGAUUCACAGAAGAGGAAAAGCAGACAGUGCAGAAGAUCCAAGAAAUAUUUGGCCAGGAUGCAGACAAAUACAGCAUGGUUCUCUUUACUCAUGGCGACCUUCUUAAAAACACCACUAUUGAGGAGUUCAUGAAGGGCAGCCCAGACCUACAGGAACUUGUGGCCAGGUGCAAUGGUCAGUACCAUGUCUUUAAUAAUGAUCUGGAGAAUCGCUCGCAGGUCACCAAGCUGCUUAAGAAGAUCAGAACCAUAGUCCAGAAGAACGGAGGAAGCCACUACACCAAUGAAAUGUACCAACAGGCAGAAAGGGCAAUCAAAGAGGAGAAACAGCGCAUCCUGAAAGACACAGAGGAGCAAAUACGCAAAGACAGAAAAGAACUGGAGAAGAAACUACAAGCAGAAUAUGAAGAAAAGCUUCGAAAUGUAAUGGAGAAAUUCCUGGCUGAAAGUGAGGAAGAAGAAAUUAGGAAAGUAGAGAUGGAGAGAACACCAGAUUUGAAAAGAGGCAAGGAGAUAAAAGAGGCUAAGGAAAACAGAGACAAUGAGGGGACAAAGGGGGAAGGAAAGGAAAAGGAAAAGAAAGGGAAGGAGAUAAAAGAGGCUAAGGAAAAGAGAGACAAUGAGGGGACGGAGGGGGGUGAAAAGGAAAACAAAAAGAAACGGGAGGAGAGUAAGAGAGAAGAGAAAAUAAAGAGGCAGAAGGAACAGAAGGAGAAGGAAAUAAGGGAAAAGAAAGACAAAGAGUUGAAGAAGGAACAAGAGAAGAUUUUAGAGGAACAGCAACAGGAACGAAUCAAGCUGGAGGAAAACAAUCAAACUGUGGCCAGACGAGAAGCUGAGAAAAAUGUUUUUCAAAGAAUCAUAAAGUCAUGUAAGUCAGUCACUCAGUCAGUCACUCUUUCAGUCACUUGCGCAUUUUCAGCCUUGUUGUCGAAGUUGCGUAAAUAGUUUACAUUUCACUGUUAAAAGAAGUUUAUCAUUAAAAUUACAGGCAAUAAUUAGCCAGUUAUGGCGUUUUACCAUUACAUGGUACCUGCUCGAUUCGCCUCGACUCUACUCGCCUUUUUUGGUUUUCCAUUAUGAUAAAAAGUCCCUGGUACCUGCCAACAGGUACUUUAUUUAGUAUGACCUCCGUCGAAGUCCCAAGCGAGCUGAGGCGAUACCAAAAGGUGACGUGAAAACCUGCAGACUGCUGAUUGGUCGGAGAGAAUCGUCACUAAUCACUGGUUGCUAUAGUGACAGACGGAGGUGUCCUGAACAAACCCACCAUUGGUUAAUAGUUUAGCCCGCUGUGUUUUUUUUUUGCUGCCUCCAGCUUCUUUAGAAACUAAAUUGGUCUUCUGGCACACAGCCACAUGCCAAGAAUCAAAAACACUACACACCUUCCACGUUCUGUGUGUGUGUGGCGCGUUAGGUCACGGCAGUUUCCUGCAGCGUCGCUAUGACGACCAGCCAUACUCGCCUCAGGCAUGAGGCGGUACUAAAUCUGCAAUGGAAAAUGGAGGACGGGGCACCGCAGCUGAGUUGAGUUGAGCCGAGUAGAGCUGGUACUAGCAGUGUGUAAGUGCCAUAAGUUACUGUAAGUCAUUCUAGAGUAAAGUUACUUUAUAACUACAGUAGUUUGUAGCAUACGGUAAAGAAGUAAUUAAAGUUUCUUUAAUAGUUUAAAACAACCACAAUGGUACUAAUGUCUAUAAUUUUACUGUAUUUAUUACAGCAGAAUGUCACAUAAACAAACUGAUAG